AUGAAGAUCGCGUAUCUUUCCCUCGGGCUGCUGUCCCUCCUCACGCCGCUCACGGCCGCAUGGAGCAAAGAAGAUCGUGAGAUCUUCCGAAUCCGAGAUGAAAUCUCUGCCCACGAGCCCAACCCUGCUGCGACCUUUUACGACAUCCUUGGUGUGCCUCCCAGUGCCUCCUUCGAUGACAUCAACAGAGCCCACCGAAAGAAGACCAUCGCCCUUCAUCCUGACAAGGUUGCGCAGCGACUGAGGGCCGAGCGCGCAAAGAAAGCCGGUGGCAAGGGAAAGAAGAGCGCCAUCAAGCCUCCCAGCUCAGCAGAGGUCAAGGCCGCUGUCAAGCAAGCUUCGGAGCGCCAGACCCGACUUAGCUUGAUUGCCAACAUCUUGAAGGGCCCUUCGAGAGACCGCUACGACCAUUUUCUUGCCCAUGGAUUCCCUCUUUGGAAGGGCACCGAUUACUACUACGACAGGUACCGACCCGGUUUGGGAACUGUCAUGGUUGGCCUUUUCAUUGUUGGCGGCGGUGCUAUCCACUACUUGAUCUUGUACAUGAGCUGGAAGCGGCAGCGCGAGUUUGUCGGGCGCUACGUCAAGUUCGCCAGGGACACUGCUUGGGGCGGAAAUUUGGGCAUCCCGAAUAUUGAACCUCGGUCUUCUACACCCGCUACGGCCUCGGACGAGGAGGCUCCUCCCCCAGUGCCCCAAAACCGAAAGGAACGUCGCAUGCAAGAGAAGGAAGCCAAGAAGGAGGGCGGCCGUGGACGUGCUAGGAAGGUUACUAAGAAGACCCCUAGCGCUUCUCGUGAUGCCUCUUCCGGCCCUACUGGUGUUCGCAAGAGAGUCGUUGCUGAAAACGGCAAAAUCCUCGUAGUUGACUCUUUAGGAGACGUCUACUUGGAAGAGCAAGAUGAGGAAGGCAAUGUCAACGAGUAUCUCCUCGACCCCAAUGAGCUUCUGCAGCCUACCUUCAGGGACACCGCCGUCGUGCGCCUUCCCAUGCAUAUCUUCAAUUUGACUGUCGGCCGUUUCACCGGUAGCAGAGAUGCUGUUUCGGACUCUGAGACUGUCGACGCUGAGGAAGUAGUUGAUGUUUCUCAGCAAACUCCCACUAGCGAAUCCGCCGGCGAUGACUUUGAGCUCCUGGACAAGAGCACCGACUCUCUCGGCAAGGCGAAAUCAUCCGGGAUGGAAAAGAGCGGCAAGUCCAGCAAGCGCAAGAAUAAGAAGCGAUGA